AUGGCUCACCUCUCAAUAAGAAGGUGGUUUUUAAAAUUUUACGGAAAAAGACAAUUUAGUUCAAAGGGCAGAAAUCAUUACGAAAGUUUAGAAAUAAAUUCAAAAGCUACUCAAGGUGAAAUAAAAAAAGCAUAUUAUAAAUUAUCAAAACAGUAUCAUCCAGAUAUAAAUAAAUCUCAAGAAGCUCCAGUAAAAUUUCGUGAUGUGGCAGAAGCCUAUGAAGUUUUAGGAAAUUAUGAAAAACGUAAACAAUAUGAUAGAACUAUUAAAGUUCGAUCACCUACUUACCAUAAGCGUGAGAAUAUAAAGCCAGCCGAUAUUAGCAAGGAAGCUCAUCGUGCUCAUAUAGAAAUAUUGCGUCACAGAGUUCAACACGAUGGUAAUCCGAUUUAUGACUUUGAUGCAUGGACAAAAGCACAUUACGGAGAAACUUUGGAAAAAUCUCGUAAAAACAAAGAAAUUUGGCGAAAGUACAGAGAAUUGAAAAAAGAACGGAUUGAAACUUCAAUUUCUAAAAGUACAGAAACUGCGUUUCUAGUUCUUUUUAUUAUAACAACAUUUUCAUUCCUAACUUUCGGUCUGUUAUUACCAUCGACUGACGACACAAUAUCUCCAGAUUUUGUUAACAUCAAGAAUAUAAGUAGUGAUGAUAGUUCAAAAAAACCUUCGGAUUCAACGUGA